CAGAAUUUGGGACAGAGGGUAUAACUGUAUGGUUACAAUGGUUUUAUUUUUAUAAACAUGUAUAUUUGCUAUUUGUUAGCCUAUGAUACAGAAUUCAAUAUGAUUGGGCGACGAGUUCUUUAUUUUAUGGUCAGAUCAUGUGGUUUGGAUGUGACAUUUGCUGCUAGUUCAAAUAUAACAUAUAUAAUGUUUCUCCAAACAGAAAAAGAAGUGCAGAGUUCGCCUCGGGAUUGUGAGCCGCUGUCCAUCGCCGUUCCCAAUCCCACCCAAACUGACGUCAUUGGACGCCAGCAUGGUAACUGCGUCAGUUUGGAAAAACCGGGAGAAGAAGAACGUAAAGGAUCACCACCAACUUGAUUCUUCCUUUGUCUCUUCUUUCCAUUUGAAACCGUCUACAACAUCUCUGACGCCCCUCGACACCUUAUCUGGCCGAACACCAAUCGGCACUCCAUCCCCCUCACCCCCCUCACCCUCUGGAUCCCCUGCCAGAUCCCCUUCCACUCGCUCCAAGUUCUUCGGCCUCUCUUCUCUCGCCUCUCUCCACAUGUCAUCUCUCUCUUCUUCUUCUUCAGAGGAGGAAGGAUCACAGACUUCCUCCCCUUUUAGUGAUUCUUCUGUUUCCCUGGCUGUCUCAACUCAGUUUUCCUCCUCCUCCCCUGCCCCCCAGUCCUCCUCUCCAAACCCCCUGGACCACCAUGGAGAGACCAACAAAGACAGUGAGACUGCCAGAGAUCUUAUGAGCUCUGAGGUCAAAGAGGUGGGGGCAGUUGUUCCACAGACAAAGAGAAUGGUACCCCUAUUUGCUGGCAUCGCAGAGGCCUCCAUUGACCUGAAGGCUUCCUCUGUCUCCUUGGAGAGGCCAUUGGUCAGGUCUCGGGAAGCCAUGGCUUGCCUCCCCAACCUGGUCAGCAAGAGUAGCACCCAGCUGGGGGAGCAGAGCUGCACAGGCGAGGGCGAAGACAACACCAAGCUCCUCGGGUUGCCUAAUAUUGGCAACACCUGCUUCAUGAACUCUGCUCUGCAGUGCCUGCUGGGGCUGCCAGCAUUUUGCAGAGACAUCCUGAGACAGCAGAACAUCUGGAGUUCCUCCCCCUCUUCUAAACUGCUAUGGUAUACAGCCUCGCUCUCACCCUCCUGUCCCACCUGUACACACACUGACCCACCCACCUAG